AUGAUGAUGAAGAAGAAGAAGAAGAUUAUGUUGGUGAUGAUGGUGAAGAAGAAGAAUAUUAUGAUGGUGAUGGUGAUGAUCCUUGAUUCCAUGCCCUUAGCUUUUCUUUGCCGUUGUUGUUGUUAUGUUCACAGACUAUCUCCAGAUCACAUCAUCUUUGGAUUAUCCUUCAAUAGCUUUGAGCCAAUCAAAUGGAAAAGUAUAAGCUGGGUAAGGUUAUUGGAAUCGGCGCCUACGGUAUUGUUCACAGAGGUCUUAAUCUCGAGACUAAUCAAAUUGUAGCUAUAAAGAGAUUUUAUACUUUUGACUGCAAAAAUGGUGUUCCAUAUACAACAAUCCGAGAAAUCUCCAUGCUGAUAGAGAUGUAUCACAUAAACAUUGUCAAGUUGCUGGAUGUAAUAAGCAAUACUAAAAACGAAUGGUAUAUCAUUUUUGAAUAUUUGGACCUUGAUUUGGAGAAAUACAUGGUGACUUAUCUGAAGGAUUCUAUGGCUAAACACACAAUAAAGUAUAUUAUGCAUCAAAUUCUUUCUGGUGUUAUGUACUGUCAUAAGCACAGAAUUAUGCACCAAGACUUGACGCCUGACAAUUUGCUGAUAGAUCUCAAUGCCUCUGUAGUGAAGAUUGCAGACUUUGGAAUGGCUAGGGCAUUUGAUUUUCCUCUUAGGGCAUAUAGUCCCGAGGUAGUAACUAUAUGGUACAAAGCACCCGAAAUCCUCCUUGGCUCCCCGGUAUACUCCAUGGCUAUCGAUGUGUGGUCUGUUGGCUGUAUAUUUGCCAAGAUGCUUAUGCGUCAGAAUCUGUUUGCUGGUGCCUCCAAGAAUGAACAUCUCCGUAAAAUUUUUAGCAUUAUGGGGACACCAAAUGAGAGAACAUGGCCGGGAGUGACCUCACUACCGUAUUACCCUGCUGGUCUUCCCGAGUACUAUCCUGAGAAUCUGGCAGAAUUUUUUCCUGAUUUAGAACCAGCCGGAGUUGAUCUUCUUUCUGAAAUGCUCUGCAUGAAUCCAGCUAGAAGAAUUUCAGCUCGUCGUGCACUUGGGCAUGCAUACUUCAAGAAGAAGAAGAGGAAGGAGAAGAAGGAGAAGAAGAUGACGAUCCUUGAUCCCAUAGAAGAAGAAGAAGAAGAUGAUGAUGAUGAUGAUCCUUGAUUCCGUGUCCUUCACUUUUGUUGUUGUUGUUGUCAUGUUGACAGACUAUUAACUUCUAGGAUUGAAUUUGAGCUAGGUAGGUUAUCUUUUUUUCAUUCAUUGUAACUUCGCUUAUUUGGUUUCAAGAAACAUUAUAGUGUCCCUUAA